AUGGCGACCUCACCCGCCGGCCGUAUGCUGUCCCGCCAGCUGCAACAGAUGCAAUCCGAUAAGGACAUUCCGGGGAUCAGCUGUGGGCUGGCCGAUAACAACGUCUUCGAGUGGGAGGUGAUGCUGAUGAUCUCGGAUGAUGUUAAGUUGUACGGAGGUGAGUGGCCGCGUUCUGGCAGAGAAACCACCUCGUUGAACCCUCUGGUCAACCCUUUGAUCGGCGGGAACAGCCCCUCUGCAGAUCGUUCUGAACGUCCUCCGCUCGGCAUAGACCCCCAAACUGACAGUCCUCUGGUAGGGGGUUUCUUCCGUGCUCGUCUGUCCUUCCCUUCAGAGUACCCGCACUUGCCACCCAAGAUGAAGUUCGAGACGCCACUCUUCCACCCGAACAUCUACCCCAACGGUGAAGUCUGCAUCUCCAUUCUGCACCCGCCCGAGGAGGACAAGUACGGCUACGAGUCUGCCGCUGAGCGCUGGUCUCCCGUGCAAACCCCCGAGACCAUCCUUCUGUCCGUUAUUUCCAUGCUGUCCAGCCCCAACGACGAGAGUCCCGCCAACGUCGAAGCCGCCCGGUUAUGGCGUGAGGAUCCGGCCGAGUUCAAGAAGCGGGUGCGUCGGUGUGUCCGGGAGAGUCUGGGCGAGGAGUGA